AUGUACAAAGCAAGGGCUACCUGGAGGAGGAGGAGUGGUCCCAGCUCGGCAUAUCGGACUGCCAGGCCGAAGGAAGCGCUCCCACCGAGGACCGGUCGCUGCCCUCUGGCUGGGAUGCGGACCUUGCGCCAGAAGAGAGCCAAGCAGUUCUCCAGGAAGCUCGAGAGGUGGCUGCACGACUCACCAACUCCCUCUCCGAGCGUGGCGCUGGGGAGGCCGACCCGGAUGAGGUUUUCGGCUGGGCUCUCCGUGUGGUUCUGA